GCCUAGUCAAUGGUGGCGCCGCGCUGCCAGGCGUAUGAGGCACGGCGGCACGGGAGGAGGAAUGUCUUCUCUGCGGAGCCUCAUUUUAGGGGGAAAAUCAGCCCGAAUUUACCCGUUAUUAGUGAAAAUCCGGCCCAGUGACGGCGCCAGGAGGAACUACAGUCAGAGGGCGAAACUAUCCCCAAACUUCGGUCUACUCUUUGACAUUGAUGGCGUCAUUAUACGAGGGCGAAACAUCCUGCCAUCCGCCCCCGAGGCCUUCAACUUGCUGGUGGGUGAGGAUGGCAGGUUCAGGGUACCCACCGUCUUCGUCACCAACGCCGGCAAUGCUCUGCGGAGUGAGAAGGCGGAGCAGCUGUCCAAGUGGCUGGAUGUAGAGGUGCACGAGGACCAGGUGGUGAUGGCACACUCCCCCCUCAAGAUGUUCGACCAGUACUUCCACAAGCAGGUCCUCAUCUCCGGCCAGGGGCCCAUCAAGGAGAUCGCCCACAACCUCGGCUUCGUCAACACGACCACGGUGGAUGACCUUCGCCAGGCCUUCCCUCAGCUGGACUGCGUUGACCACAAGAGAAGAUCAGCUAAGGGGUACAUAUGUUCGGAUAAGUCUCUGGACUUCUCCCAGCCCACCAUGUCCGCAGCAAAAAUCCCCAAGAUAGACGCCGUAAUGCUCUUUGGCGAGCCCGUGAGGUGGGAGACGUCUCUGCAGCUACUAGUCGAUAUUCUAAUGACAGAUGGUGACAUGUUGGCGACCCCCACGGCCCCCUACCCCCACCUCCCCAUCCUGGCGUGCAACAUGGACCUGCAGUGGAUGGCGGAAGCGCAUAUGCCAAGGUUCGGACACGGGGCAUUCUUGCUAUGCUUGGAGGCGCUGUACAAGAAGGUGACAGGGCAGGACCUCAUCUACACAGCGCUCGUCGGCAAACCGUCGGAGAUCACAUAUUACCACGCUGAGACGAUGGUACAGCACCACGCGCGCUCCAUAGGCAUCAGUCACCCCAUCACCAAACUCUACGCCAUUGGGGACAACGUACACACAGACAUCUUCGGCAUGAACCUGUACCAAGAGUAUGUCCGUCGCCACCGCCAUAGCAAGAAUCGGGUCGCCAUGCAGGGAGCGCGGGGGCUUGACCUCUCCACGCAGGACUUCAAGGGACUCACGGCAGAUCAGUGUUACUCGGUGUUGGUGCAGACCGGGGUGUACAACAGGGAAAACGGGGUGCAGCAUCUCGAGCACUCACCCCGGGACUUCCUACCCAUUGAGGCUAAGCUGCAGGAACCGUCGCUAACCGUCAAGUGCGUCCUGGAGGCUAUCAACAUCAUUUACGAGAGGGAAAAGUUCUCGUGAAGCGCCGUCGACCACUCCUCGCCGCUGGAAGAAGAUGUGCCAUUGCGUUAGUUUAAGACCGAGUGGAGGUAUAGGGGUCCCUUGUCGCUCUUGGGAAACUAUGAUGUCCUCUAUAAUGUCUUCUUAUGUAUUGUUUAUUUUUCCGUGUUUUUAGUUCAUGUCACAAACUUACGAUCUUCCGUCUCCAUAGAGUAAGUCCCUGGUCCUAUCGUCUCCUGGGAUACUAUGAUGUCCCCUAUAAUGUCUUCUUUACCUCUCAGAUUCUUGUAUAGUUUUAUUUUCCGUGUUUUUAGUUCACGUCACAAACUUACGAUCUUCCGACUCCAUAGAGUAACUCCCUUGUCCCCUUGUUGCUCUUGGGAUGCUGUUGUGCUCUCUAUAAUGUCUUCUUUACCUCUCAGAUUCUUUUAUAGUUUUAUUUUCUGUGUUUUUAGUUUGCGUCACAAACAUACAAUCUGCCGUCUCCAUAGAGUAAGUUGUUUUGGCCCCUCACAGUCUGCUUGGCCUCUCCUUCCCUUCUCUCCUUUUCUCCUCCCUUUCCAAUGAUCGUAUUUCCUGUACUGCUAUGUUUUAAAGAGGCAUUUUAUUCCCUUUCUUUUCCUCUUACCCUCUGGUCCUCACUUAUGAUAGAGUCUACACACACACACACACACACACACACAUCAACAGGUCCGAUAAUCCACCUCACAAGCAAUUCUCAAACUGGGAUAUUGCCAAUGACUUUUAUCUGUAUUUUAACUAUCAAAAACUUCACUUCCACGCCAUUCAAGUCCUUUUUAUUGGUGUUGCAGUGCAUUUUACUGGUGUGUGACGGUGGAUAGUGGCAGGUGUAACUAGCCUGCUUGUGAUAUGGUUUGGAGGUCAGUUAUGGAUGGGUUAAGUUCCCCCUCUCCAGCCUUUUAGAGAAUGGGGUCAGAGUGGCUGGGUAAGGUCAUGUGAAUCUCUUUAUUUGUCCUCUACUUUUCUCUCUCCUGGUUUUAAGCAAGACGUACUUUUAUAAGGGCAUUCAAUAUCUCUCUGUCUUCUCUGUUCUUUUGUCUCUCUUUAUUCAAUGAUAGUUUGGGGCAUUCGCUAUCUUUUUGCUUUUUCUAUCUUUCUUUGUCUUUUUUGUUUUGUCUUUUGUCUUCAUUCUUCUCUGUCUUUUUCUUCUUUUUUCUCUCUCCUUAUUCAACGAGAGACAGUUUUGGGGGCAUUCACUAUCUCCUUUCUCUCUGCCUUUCUUUCUUUCUUUGUUAUUUUUCUUUGUUCUUUUUGUGUAUUUCUUCUUUCUUGGUCUUUUCUUCUCUCCCUAUUCAACAAGAGACACUUUUUGGGGCAUUCACAAUCUCCUUUCUUCCUUUCUUUCUUUCUUUGUAAUUUUUCUUCAUUCUUUUUCUUCUUUCUCUGUCUUUUCUUCUCCUAAUUCAACAAGAGACACUUUGGGACAUUCACUAUCUCCUUUCUCUCUUCUUUUCUUUCUUUCUUUGUCACUUUUCUUCAUUCUUUUUCUUCUUUUCUUGUCUUUUCUUCUCUCCCUAUUCAACAAGAGACACUUUUUGGGGCAUUCACUAUCUCCUUUCUCUCUUCCUUUCUUUCUUUCUUUGUCAUUUUUCUUCAUUCUUUUUGUGUAUUUCUUCUUUCUCUGUCUUUUCUUCUCUCCCUAUUCAACAAGAGACACUUUUUGGGACAUUCACAAUCUCCUUUCUCUCUUCCUUUCUUUCUUUCUUUGUUAUUUUUCUUCAUUCUUUUUGUGUAUUUCUUCUUUCUCUGUCUUUUCUUCUCUCCCUAUUCAACAAGAGACACUUUUCGGACAUUCACUAUCUCCUCUCUCUCUUCUUUUGUUAUUUUUCUUCAUUCUUUUUGUGUAUUUCUUCUUUCUCCGUCUUUUCUUCUCUCCCUAUUCAACAAGAGACACUUUUCGGACAUUCACUAUCUCCUCUCUCUCUUCUUUUCCACACUAACUCAACUACACAAUCACGGAGGCAUUGGUCAACUGUAUUCUUCGGCCCUAUCUAGCAAGUCUAUUCUAUGUCUCAAGAGUCCAAAGAGGUACAGUUUUAUUUAGGUAUAAUUUGCUAUCACACUUUCAUCAGGGCAUUUACAGUUGUACCCCACUUAAGAAGCUUUAUAAGGAACAUGAGAAUAGGGAAUGUCUAAUGAGAAGAAGAAGAAGAAGAAAAGGAAGUUGAAGAAGAAGAAGAAGUAAAAUAAGUAGAAGAAGAAGAAGAAGAAGAAGAAGAGGAAGAAGAUGUUGUUUAGUGAUAACUGUAUGCUGAAGUUACUGUGGUCAUGAUGUUAUUUUUCUUCUUUAACAACACCCUCAAACACGGCAUCAUUUCAGUGUUUCCGAAAGGUACCGCCACACCAAACAGUGUACGACUUAAGCUAAUGGUGUGUUAUUUUCUUUCUCUACACCGCACACACACACACACACACUAACGACAUCAUUUUAGCAUCUCCGAAACGUACUACCACGUCAAUCGUUUGUGUUUCCGAAAGGGUAUCGUGACGCCAAACACUGUACGACUUAGGCUAAUGGUGUGUUAUCUUCUCUUCACUACACACCACACACACUAACGACAUCAUUUUAGCGUCUCCGAAAGGUACCACACACAUCAAUCUCUUAGCGUUUCCGAAAGGGUACGGCCACGCCAACAAGUAUAGGACAUAGACAGGCUUUAGUCAGGCGAAACAUACAUUAGUUUUGCACUUAGGUAAACGCAAGCUUUCCUGCCGACUGUCACCUCUAGUCAUUCCUCUCAGUCAACCUCGGGAGUGUGUGGUUGUCUAUGAGCCGCGAUUUGCUUGAAUAGGAGAGAGUUUUAUAUAUAUUUACAUCUUCUUUUUUUGGUUUAGUAGAUAGGUGCACAGAGUCUUGAGAGUGCCAUUAUGAAUCAGCCAAAUGACAGCCAAAGGAGUUACAGAGAAAGAUAGAAAUGGCGAUAUGGCAAUGUGUCUCGUUACGGAAAUGGCGAUAUGGCAAUGCAUCUUGUUACAGAAAUGGCGAUAUGGCAAUGUGUCUCGUUACGGAAAUGGCGAUAUGGCAAUGCGUCUUGUUACAGAAAUGGCGAUAUGGCAAUGUGUCUCGUUACGGAAAUGGCGAUAUGGCAAUGCAUCUUGUUACAGAAAUGGCGAUAUGGCAAUGCGUCUUGUUACAGAAAUGGCGAUAUGGCAAUGCGUCUUGUUACAGAAAUGGCGAUAUGGCAAUGCGUCUUGUUACAGAAAUGGUGAUAUGGCAAUGCAUCUUAUUACAGAAAUGGCGAUAUGGCAAUGCGUCUUGUUACAGAAAUGGCGAUAUGGCAAUGCGUCUUGUUACGGAAAUGGCGAUAUGGCAAUGUGUCUUGUUACGGAAAUGGUGAUAUGGCAAUGUGUCUUGUUACGGAAAUGGUGAUAUGGCAAUGCAUCUUGUUACAGAAAUGGCGAUAUGGCAAUGUGUCUCGUUACGGAAAUGGCGAUAUGGCAAUGCGUCUUGUUACGGAAAUGGCGAUAUGGCAAUGUGUCUCGUUACGGAAAUGGCGAUAUGGCAAUGCAUCUUAUUACAGAAAUGGCGAUAUGGCAAUGCAUCUUAUUACAGAAAUGGCGAUAUGGCAAUGCAUCUUAUUACAGAAAUGGCGAUAUGUGUCGUCUUAUUACAGAAAUGGCGAUAUGGCAAUGCAUCUUAUUACAGAAAUGGCGAUAUGGCAAUGCAUCUUAUUACAGAAAUGGCGAUAUGGCAAUGCAUCUUAUUACAGAAAUGGCGAUAUGGCAAUGCAUCUUAUUACAGAAAUGGCGAUAUGGCAAUGCGUCUUGUUACAGAAAUGGCGAUAUGGCAAUGCAUCUUAUUACAGAAAUGGCGAUAUGGCAAUGCAUCUUAUUACAGAAAUGGCGAUAUGGCAAUGCAUCUUGUUACAGAAAUGGCGAUAGGGCAAUGCGUCUUAUUACAGAAAUGGCGAUAUGGCAAUGCAUCUUGUUACAGAAAUGGCGAUAGGGCAAUGCGUCUUGUUACAGAAAUGGCGAUAGGGCAAUGCAUCUUAUUACAGAAAUGGCGAUAGGGCAAUGCAUCUUGUUACAGAAAUGGCGAUAUGGCAAUGCAUCUCGUCACGGAAAUGGCGACUAGCUCAGCGUCUUCUUAAGUAGUCGUAGGAACUAGAUGCCACUGCCUUGCCUUGCCUCCUUAGUAUUAUUUUUCGUGUUUUCUGUGAGACGAAAACAUUUUGUGACGAUGGUAAGACAGGCCGAUAAAAAAAGAUGUCUCUACCUCUAACUCGGUGACAUUUUAGUAUUAUUUUUUUGAGUUUUCUGUGAGAUGAAAACAUUAAGUGACGAUGAUAAGAUAGGCCGAUAAAAAAAGAUGUCUCUACCUCUAACUCGGUGACAUUUUAGUAUUAUUUUUUUGAGUUUUCUGUGAGAUGAAAACAUUAAGUGACGAAGAUACGACAGGCCGAUAAAAAAAGAUGUCUCUACCUUUAACUCGGUAACAUCUCCCCCUAAGCCAAUCCCACCGUUAAGAAAUUAGAGCCUCGGUAUAUUUUUUGUGUUUUCUGUGAGACGAAAACAUUAGGUAUCGUUUGAGAAUGAGACAACGAUUAAAAAAUUAUGUCUGCUAUCAACUCCUGGUAACAUCUUCCCCCAUAGCCAAUUCCACAGUUAAGAAAUUAGAGCCUCGGUAUAUUUUUUGUGUGUUUUCUGUGAGACGAAAACAUUAGGUAUCGUUUGAGAAUGAGACAAUGAUUAAAAAAUUAUGUCUGCUAUCAACUCCCGGUAACAUCUUCCCCCAUAGCCAAUUCCACAGUUAAGAAAGUAUGGCCUAUUAGUAUUAUUUUUGUACGUGUUUUCUGUGAGACAAAAACGUUGGGUAUCGUUUGAGAAUGAGACAAUGAUUAAAAAAAAGACAUCUGCUAUCAACUCCCGGUAACAACUUCCCCCAUAGCCAAUCACACAGUUAAGAAAGUAUGGCCUCAGUAUUUUUUUUGUACGUGUUUUCUGUGUGACGAAAACAUUAGGUGACGAAGAUGAUACUGAUGACAACACAAAAAAUAUCUACUUCCACAUCUACUCUAAACUCGGUAACAUCAUCCUCUAUCUCAAUCACACAGUUAAGAAAUGUGAGUAAAAAUCCUAUCAAAUUCAUAACAUUACCAAAGAGAGAAUGUGUGUGAUUUUAACAGUUCAAAAUCGCUACAUACCUGAUAGCUCGCACGGGACGUCUUGAAAAUAUGUCAGGCGUGCUUCCUUACUCGAGGCGAAGUGCAGCCAGCCCAGGUGAAGGUCAGGCGUGGAUGAGUUGGCGGAGUUGUGGUCAUCAGGGUGAAGUGUAACGAUGGUCAGUAGGUGAUAUAUGAGGUCAGGAAUACGGUCACCCUGGAGGUCACCCUAGGAGAGGAUACGAGAUUAUUUACAGGUAUUAGGGUGAUUGUCUGGUGUGUGAGAAGGGUGUUCGUUGGCCUGUGAACUGUAGCGAUGGUCAGUGGAGGUGAUAAGUGUGAGGUCACCCUGGGAAAUGAGGUGACAGGUCUUAGGGUGAAUCUGUGGUAUGUGAAUAGGGUGUUUGUUGACCAGUGCACACAUUGGAAAUACAAUCACCCUAGAACAGGAUCCAAGAUUAUUAGGUUAUAGGUCUUAGGGUGAAUCUAUUGGCAUGUGAAAGAGGGUGUUUGUCAACCAGUGUGCACCUUGGAAAUACAGUCACCCUAGAACAGGAUCCAAGAUUAUUUGGUUACAGGUCUUAGGAUGAAUCUAUGGUAUGUGAAUAGGGUGUUUGUUGACCAGUGUGCACCUUGGAAAUACAGUCACCCUAGAAAAUGAGAGAUUAUUGGGUCAAAGAUAUUAGGGUGACAUCUUAUGGUCUGUGAAUGUGUUUGUUGGUCCUUAGGAAUACAAUCACCCUGGAGAAGGAUCCGAGAAUAUGUAUUGCGUUGAAGGUAUUAGGGUGAAUGUAAUGGUCUAUGAAAAGGGUGUUUGAUUGUCCAUGACCAUGAGUGCGCACCUUAGAAAUACAAUCACCCAAGAAUAGGAUCUAAGAGUAUGUGUUGAAGGUAUUAGGGUGAAUGUAAUGGUCUUUGAAGAGGGUGUUGGAUUGUCUGUGAGAGUGUUCACCUUGACUGUUUAUCAUGAGACUGAGAGAUGCAGUUUUAAGUCCCAGAAAAAGACACCAACUGAAGGUAUUAGGGUGAAUGUAAUGGUCUUUGAAGAGGGUGAUUGAUUGUCAGUGAGUGUGUGUACCUUAACUGUCCAUCCUGUGAUUGAGAGAUGCAUUUUGAGUCCCAGAAAAAGACACCAACAGGACAAUCUUCAAUGUGUUCAAAUUACCUCGAUGGACGCCUCUCACCCUCCCUACCUCUCCUCAUGCCUGUCUGGUGGUUGUACAAAGGGAAAUGCAUCUGGCUGGGGCCUAGAAGUGGGAGAGAGAGAAGUAAUCCAUCGAGGUAAUCUGAAUAACACAUGUGGAUGGAUAUAUUUACUUGGUUGCUGAAUAGAAAAAAAAUACGAGAGCGUUAUGUAUUGCAACUAUCCAUGAAGGUAAUUUGGAUCUUGGACACAGGUGGAUGGAUACACUAUUUACUUGGUUGCUGAAUAGAAAAGAAAUACGAGAGCGUUAUGUAUUGCAACUUUCCAUGAAGGUAAUUUGGAUCUUGGACACAGGUGGAUGGAUACACUAUUUACUUGGUUGCUGAAUAGAAAAGAAAUAUUAGAGCAUUAUUUCUUGCAACUGAACUUAUCCUCUGAGUCUUUAACACAUGUGGAAGGAUAUAUUUGCUCGGUUGCUGAAUAGAAAACAAAUCUUAGACUGUUAUAUAUUGCAACUGAACUUAUCCUCUGAGUCUUUAACACAUGUGGAAGGAUAUAUUUACUUUGUUGCUGAAUAGAAAAUGAAUCAUAGUGAAUUAUACUGAAUGAUAGAUAAUGCAACUGUCUUAACUUAUGUGAGACUUAGUGUAGGAAAGAAUCAAGCGUAAGAGACAUUAAGACGUAACGUUACCAUUUUGCAUACAGACUGAGCAAGAUAUAAUAAUUUGCCGAUUGACUGAUACUGUAACUGUUUUAAUUUUGUGAGACAUAGCAUAGGAAAGAAUCAAGCAUAACAGACGAUAGGACACAUAACGUCACCAUUUUACCAUUUUACGUAAAGACCGAACAAGAUAUAAUAAUUUACCGAUCGAGUGAUACUGUAACUUUUAAUUUUGUGAGACGUAGCGUUGGAAAGAAUCAGCAACAGAGACUGUAAGAGUCGAAACGUUACCCUUUUAUCAUUUUUACGUACUGACCGAGCGAGAUUAAUAAUUUACUAACUGACUGAUACUGCAACUGUUUUAAUUCUGAGACAUAGCGUAGGAAAGAAUCAGCGACGGACGAUAGAACAUAUAACGUCACUAUUUUACCAUAUUUACACACAGACCGAGCGCUGCGCCGGUGUUGAGGUUCUGUGUCGCUGCUGAGGUAAGAUACAAACACUGCCCUCACCCUUGUUACUGCCCCUAAUAGUUGCCAAGACGGACAUGCCGCAGCUACCAAGACACUUUUUUUUUUUUUUUUUUUUACAGCAGAAGAGACAGCUCAAGGGCCAAAAAAAGUAAACUAAUGAAAAAAAAAAAGCCCACUACUCGCUGCUCCAGUAAGAGUUCGGUGGAGUGGCCGAAAGAUAGGUCAAGUUUGGAAGGAGAGGUGUCCUGUUACCCUCUACUAAGACUUGUGUUAUCAAAUGUUCGAGGCUCCUGUCACGACCAUUUUCGGAGGCCAGAGAGGACUUAUGUCAGGUCUUCAUUAGUGCUUUUUCUGUCUAUGGUCUACACGCCUUUGAAAAGUACCGCCAGGGUCAGGAAACCACCCAUGGAAACCUGAUAACUUCUACGAGAGUCUUUUGAAGUAGAUGGUCUAAGGUGUCGAAGAGUUUGAUAAUGAGGCUAGGGGCCGUAUUUUUAAACAUUUCUGCGCCCAAGAACACGUAAUUUACUAGUCUUUCGCGGGAGAUUGGGGCAUUUCCAGGGGUACUUUUAUGACACUGGUGGUAGUCUGAGCCGCCUUCUGUACCGUCAACUUAAAAGGACACUCAUUAGAACUCGAUUAACCUCCUUUUUGGCCUUUGGAAAUAGUUGGUGUGAGGGGCGGGAGGAUUUGACAAUACCAACCUAAAACAGAGGAAGGUGCCCAUGGAUUCUGAAACAUGAGGAAUUUGAAAACAUAUAUAUAGAAUCAAAUAUGCUUAGAAUCCCCAUUUCUUGAAGCAGCGGAGAGAAAGGACACGAUAUUUUUUUGUACCGCGCACAUAUUCGCUUCACAAGAACGCAGAGUACAUAUAUAGAAGCUUCUCUUUGUAUCAGUAGAGAAUGAUAACCUGACUUGCCUUCCCCCACCUACCAGACAUUCACUGUUAAUACGAUGCUGGUUGUUGCCAAUAGUAGGUCCCUGUAGCCUUGUCUUCCAUGCUAGAGGCACCAUCAGAGGCACAGAAGGUUUGAAUGAUGUGUUAAUGUAAACUAGAUAAGAAAUUAGGAAUGACAUAGAAGGUUUGGAUGACAGGAAAAGAAAUUGAGUGACAGAGAAAGUUUGUAUAAUGGGUUCUUGAUGCAAACUUGAGAAGAAAUUAGGAGUGACACAGAAGGUUUGGAUGACAGGAAAAGAAAUUGAGUGACAGAGAAAGUUUGCAUAAUGGGUUCUUGAUGCGAACGAGAGAAGAAAUUAGGAGUGACAGAAGGUUUGCAUGACAGGAAAAGAAAUUGAGUGACAGAGAAAGUUUGCAUAAUGGGUUCUUGAUGCAAACUUGAGAAGAAAUUUGGAGUGACACAGAAGGUUUGGAUGACAGGAAAAGAAAUUGAGUGACACAAGGUUUACAUGACAGGUUCUUAAUGCAAACUAAAGAAAUUACGAGUGAGAUUUGCCUGGUAUAUAGAAAGACAGAGAUUCAACCAGUGGGAGCGCUGAAGAUGGUGGAGGAAAUUGAGGUACAGCCGGAAGAAGACCAUUUGAAAGACGAACGAUAACAUGGGAGAGGAACAGCACAACAAGACUUGGAGGUGUUGGAAAUAGAGGAAGGAUUGAGCAAGAUGGAGAAUGAUCAUCGCAAGUCGAAAGAACAACUAUAAAUGAAGAAAAAGAUAAUUUGACCUGCUUUCCUAAGGGUCACUGAAGCACGGUUGAGGCCAUGGAACAAUAGAGGAAGGAUCGAGCAAGAUGGAGAAUGAUCAUCGCGAGUCAAAAGAACAAGAACAAACAUAAAUGAAGAAGAAAAAGAUAAUUUGACCUGCUUUCCUAAGGGUCAUUGAAGCACAGUUGAAGCCAUGGAACCAAUUUACAAGACGCCAAACCACAAAACGGCGCCCUUGCAGCACACCAGCGUCAUUCCUCUGCAAGCUGGGAGCGAGACUAACACCUGAGUUUCUAUGGGUCAUGUGUCUGUGGUGGUGCUUAACCCUUCACAGCAUCCCUCCCCCUCUCCUUCCCUCCCCACGCUAGCCAGGUUGAUGUGAUGAAGACAAUCUAAUGACAACCCAAACCGUAAUGCGACAAAUCCGAUUCAGGGCAGCAGAGUUUGUGUUACGAAAUGUCCUCACCCUCCUCGACCUUUCCCGUGUCCACCGUAACAUAGAGGACGUACAGGGGGUCGUUACUCUUGCUCCGUUUCCUUGCCGUGUCAUCUCCGAGUGUAACGACCAUAGUUUGUACCACAUAUCAACCUCAAAAAUAAAGUCUGGAUACUACA